AUGCGACAGCGCCCGGAGAGUGCGUUUGGUCGUCUGAUGCACGCGUUCGGGCCACUGACGAAAGAUCCCAAGCUUGGUGAUGUGCCGUUCAACACGAGCGUCACCCUGGAAAAGCUACCGACGAGGGGCAUUCUCAAUGCGAGCACGGAUGCAAAUGUCAUUCACAAGCUGGAUCCAGAAACGCUGCGGGUUACCGACAGGUACGACUUUUCCUACUUUAGUCCCGAGUUGGACAAAAGCAUGUGCCUGUCGCAUGGGACUCUGGAUGACGUCACUGGUGAGUACUUCAACUGCAUGGCCAACUACAGCCCGGUCAAGACGGAGUACACCGUGUUCCGCAUCGAUUCUUCAGGCAAGGCAAAUGUUUUGGCUAAAGUCAAGGACUUCACCUACUACAUGCACAGUUUAGCGCUCACGAAGAGUUAUGUCAUCAUGGCCAUGGGCCCGGCUCAGAUUGAUCUUUUCCCUCUGUUGCGGGGAAAAUCGUUCACUGAGGCUUGUGAAAUGAGACCAAACACUCCAACCAGGUUCGUCGUGAUCAAUAGACAAUCUGGCGGUAUCGUCGCCGAGUAUGAGCACGAACAAUUCUUCAACUUUCACACUUUUAAUGCGUUUGAACAGGAUGGCGAUAUCAUGAUUGAUCGGUCUUUGUUCAGCGAUUGUAAAAUUCUACAAGAACUGUGGAUAGACAAUAUGACGCAGGGAGGCAACGUAGCCCGAGUCAAACCCGUGAGAUUCACACUCCCCAACAUAGCAGAUGUCGGCGCCCGCUACUCGACCUCUAUGCCAAAGGCAUCAUUUCGGGUACUGGCGGACGUAGCCUUGGAGUUUGCUACAGUCUCGCCAAGGAAACGGGAAAGACCAUACCACUAUGUAUUUGGCGUUUCUGAUAACGACGGGAAGCAAUUCAGUAGUAGUAUAGCAAAAGUGAAUGUGGACACUGGAAUCGUUACGUCUUAUGUGUUGCCGCAACGGACUUUUGGAGAACCCAUUUUUGUCCCAGAUCCGAGUGGUAAUGAAGAGGAUGCCGGCUGUCUUGUAGUGCUGGCACUGGACGACCUGAAGGAUAGCUCUGCCUUGCUCGUUCUGGACGCUCGUGCUAUGACUGAGGUUGCACGCGCUGAGCUGCCCAUGCGGUUACCGCCAAGCUUCCAUGGGGCAUUUCACACAUGAUGGGCCGAUGACGGGUUUGUUAAGAAAUUGAGAGAUAGUUUUGCGCCUGUGGAAGAAUGGCUAUUUAUCAUAAGAAACUGGCCUAGCAAAUAAAUAGUGCCGAACCCUUGAUCGGGCUCUGCGCCCAGGAUGUA